AUGGAGUCCGACUCUCGCCCCACCAUGGAGGCGCUCAAGAAGAUGGAUGAGGAGGACAGAUUGAACUGGACCCGAGGAGAAUUCGAGAUCCCAUCAGUCAAGGCGUGCGGAGGAGACGGCGAUGGCGAGGCGAUCUACUUUUGUGGCAACUCGCUCGGCUUGCUGAACAAGAAGGCUCGGCAGCAUAUCAUGGAGGAGCUGGAAGUGUGGUCGACUAGCUCUGUCACUGGUCAUUUCUCUCACCCGUACUCUCGCCCUUGGAAGCAUGUGGACCGCCCACUCACCCCUCAUCUCGCCAAGCUCGUCGGCGCAACUGAAGAGGAGGUAGCACACACCUCGACGCUCACGAGCAACAUGCACAACUUGUUUACGAGCUUCUACCGCCCGACAACGAAGAGGUGGAAGAUCGUCAUCGAGCAGGGCAGUUUCCCCAGCGACUGGUACGCGGUUCACUCUCAUCCUCGACUACAUGAUGCAGUUCUCUCCCCCGAGCAGAUCGAGGAAGCUAUCAUCCCCCUCAAGCCAAGAGAAGGGGAGGAGACACUAUGCACCGAGGAUAUCCUAAAGGUCAUCGAGGAGAAUAAGGAUACUAUUGCCAUCGUCUGGCUGCCUCUUGUUCAGUAUUAUACAGGCCAGCUCUUUGAUAUCGCUCCGCUCGCCAAAAAGUCGCACGAGAUCGGUGCCCUGAUCGGACUGGAUCUUGCGCACGGUAUCGGAAAUGUGGACUGCAAGCUCGACGAAUGGAACGUUGACUUUGCGGUUUGGUGUACCUACAAGUACCUGAAUGCUGGCCCGUCAGCUAUCGGAGGAAUGUUUGUCAGGUCAGGUCUGGAUGAUAAAGGAAAGCGACUGGCUGGUUGGUGGGGCAACGAUGCCGCAACUCGGUUCAAGAUGGAACCCGAGUUCCGCCCUACACCGGGCGCCAAAGGCUAUCAACACUCCUGCACCCCCGUUCUCUCCUCCAUCCCCCUUCUCGCCACUUUGGAGCUCAUCGGCAAAGUCGGCUUCUCUGCCAUGCGCGAGAAAGCCAUACGCCUCACCUCGACGCUCGAGACACUCCUCCGCUCGUCCGAGUACUAUGUUCCCCUCUCCGAAAGCUCAAGGACUACGAAAGAUGUCGGCUUCACCAUUCUCACUCCUGAGCAGCCAUGGCGCGGUACCCAGCUCAGCGUGUUUAUUACGGGCGGAGAAGAGGUGAUGCCGAGGGUAUUUGGGAGGUGUCUGAAGAAGGGGCUGGUAGGGGAUGAGCGGAGGCCGAACGUGAUCAGGCUGAGUCCGGUGGUGCUCUACAAUACGUUUGAGGAUGUGGGACGGGCGGUAGAGAUCUUCGAGCAGGCGAUCAAGGCGGAGCGGGAGGGUGAGGCUGGCGGGUCGGAGAAUGGGGACGAGCAGCGGGAUGUGAUUGGAGGUGAUGGACCGUGA